UUUGGUUUGGAAGCUUCCAUAAGUGUAGGUGAGGUGGGGUAGCUGUCGCUUAGUUGUGUUUUUAGAUAGCGGGCGGAAGCUGGGGGAAGGAUGCGAGCGGAUGCUAGUGAGAUGAAAGGACGGGUAUAGGUAGGUUGUUGUUUGUAGCGAGGCUUGGUGUUGUAGCUGCUUGUAUUGACAGGAAGACAAGAAUAUUAUUAUCGACGACAAGAAGAUCAUACAAGAAACAAGUUAACCAGGCAAAUGUUUGUGAGUGUAUAUUUAUGUUAUGUUUGGGGAAGAAAUAGAUACACAGUUUUUCAAGGCCUAGUUAAAACUCCGUAUGCCAUUUCAGUGACUUGAAGCGUGCAUGGAAUAAAAUCCAGAGCCUUCUGCAUGUAAACUUCUUGUAUAAGAAAAAAAUAUGCCUUCGGAAGAUGACAGUGAACGUGCGACAAUGAUGGAAUUGUGUGUUAGUAAAGAAUGGUUAUUUCAAGAAUUGCUUUCUGACCCGUCAAGACUUGUGAUUCUCGACUGUCGAAGUUCAAAUGAAUAUGGUGAAUCGCACAUUAAGCAUGCUGUAAAUUUUAGCAUUCCCAGCAUAAUGUUGAGACGACUGGCAGCAGGUAAAAUCGAUCUUAUGUCCACGAUUAAAUGCCGUGAACUCAAGGCGAAGAUCAUGAACGCUUACAAGGAGAAUGUGUUUGUUGUGUAUGGUGAUUUCAACGUGACAGAGAAGCAGGCACGAACUCAACAGCAAUCUGCAAGCUUCAAUCCGAGCGAUACGCUUCAUGUACUGGCCAAACGUUUGGCUCAAGAUGGCUGCCAGGUGGUGUGUUUAGAAGGUGGUUUCUGUUCAUUUCGAUCUUGCUAUCCUGAAUGGUGUGAGAGCUGUUCUGAGCUGAUGGUGUCUGAUUCUGGUCCUGGCUCUAUGGAAGUUGUUCCCUUAAUGGGUCUUCGUAGCCUGAGGAUAUCGGCAACUUCUCAGCUGUCCAAGAGACAACACCAUCUCGACUCAUCCUGCUCCUCGGCAGCUACGAGCAGUACGGACUCCAGUGACUCUGACGAUCGUUGCGAUUCCUCUUUAGGCUUGGAGGAAGACAGAGAUUUUCCAGUCAAAAUAUUGCCUCACCUUUUUCUUGGAAAUGCGACCACAUCUGGAGACAGUGAGGCUUUAAGCCGACACAGUAUAGAAUAUAUCCUGAAUGUAACAGCAGAUCUGCCGAAUGUGUUCGAAGACUCUGGGUCCAUCAGAUAUAUGAAAAUACCAAUAGCAGACCACUGGAAGGAAAAUCUAGCGAGCUUCUUCCCUAAAGCCAUAGAAUUUAUAGAUGAGGCACGCAGCAAUGAGAAGGGAGUUCUGGUGCAUUGUCUUGCAGGAGUGUCUCGUUCAGUGACUGUAACAGUUGCCUACCUCAUGUACAAGCUUUCAUUAAAUCUGAAUGAUGCAUUCAACAUGGUACGUGCACGCAAGUCUAACAUUGCACCCAACUUCCACUUUAUGCAACAGCUACAUAACUUUGAAUGUGAGCUGGCCAGAUCACCAAAAGAUGCAACAGAUCCUACUCAAGGUACAGAAAGUGAGCAAAUGAAGUCGGAGUCUGGGACUGUUAGUGACAGUGCUGUAGCUCAAACCACUUCUACAGCAGCUGAGGCUCGGUGUUGCACUGACCCUGACUGUAAGUGCCCCGCCCACUUUCUUAGUCCACUAGCUAUUGGCACCAGCCCUGACUCAGGCAUAGAAUUUGAUCGUUGGACUUCUGCAUCAGGGGAGUGAGAUGAGGCGGGGGGGACGCAGUUUUGGCACUUCUAAACACAUAUUUUUCCCUCCGGACAGAAAAAAAUCCGUGACAAUAAAAUAUCCCUGAAAGAAAUUUAAAAUUUCACAUUUGGGAUAAUUUCACGGGUUUUUUUAUAUCUAAGAAGGAAAGGUUUGUAAAAGUGUAGCGUCUCACCCCAUGUCUGGUGAAUUUGUUAUGUAAUGCACAUGCAAUCGCUAGUCCAACACUGUGUGGAAAUAUUUUCCACAUUUUGGCAUUAAAGGUGAAUUUGCAGUUAAACUGUUGCUGCUGUGGCAACAACGAGGUGUACUGAUAUAGGGGCCUAGUAAGCUGUUGCUGUUGUUGGAAUAUGGAUAGCCCCACAUGAGAAAUGGGAGCUGGUAUGUAGUGACGGAUGUUAAAGUCUCCUUACCAGAUAAGUAUGUGUAUGUUAUAAUCUCCUUUUUGGAACAGUUGGGUAAGGAUUUUUGCCACACACAGAUAUAAUAUGAGAAGGAAAAGUGGUCUUUCUGUGUAAAAUAUUUGGGCAGAAUCAAGAGUAAUAAGAAUAAAGAGAGAGCAUUACACAAAUGAUUACACUGCUAAUUUUUUAAAAGAAUGAAUGUCUUUGCAGCUUACGAGAAUGUGAAUGGUAAAAUUUGUCCUUGCAACAUCACACUUAGUAUGGAAAAGCAGAAGUGUGGGUUGUUACUCCGCCAGUUUGACAGAGCAGUUAGGCUUUGUAAUGCAGUGAACUCUUUUGGUCUUGAAUUCUUGUGUGUAGUCUUAUGAUUAAUGAAGCACACUGAGUUUAGUUCUUGUUAGAAAUUAAUGAGAUAUUUAAGACUUAACUAAGUUAAUUACAUAUCUGUGACAUACAGUAAAAGUUCUGAUCUAAUGACGAUUCAAGACAAAUACAACUAAUGUUUUGCUUUUUGUCACUGUUCAUCAAGACACGUUUAUGUUUAAUAAAAAGAAAAUAAUGGAUUUAGUGAUAAUCAUUACAAGCCAAAUGCUCUUCCAAUGUUGCAAUGCAGUUUUAGAUGUUUAUGACCAGCAGUUAAGACAACAAUAAUGGCAGCGUAAUGCUUUCUGAAGUUCAGUGUUUGAAAAUGUAUCAGAAAGUAGUUAUAAAGUUUGUGCUUUGAUAUAGUUGGCGGUACAGUGGUUUUGAGCUUGCAUAGGAGGUAAAGUUUGAGCUGUGUAUAGCCCCAGAAAAUGAAAAGUUUCUUACAGGGCUUUGCCCUGUGCUAUUCUCUCUUAAACAAUCAAGGUGUGCUUAUUGAGAUAAGUAUGACAUUCAAAGCAUCUAGAUUGUUAAUUUACCAUUUAUAUACUGAGUCUCAGAUUAAGCUAAUCCUGUGAUAUUUGUUUUUGGACUAUAACAUAUAAUGGAAUUACAUCUCCAAAAUCUGCAUUAGCGUUUUCAGUUUUUAAUAGAAAGUCACAAUUACUAAGCUGCAUUGAUGCACAACUUUUAUUUUAUUACACCGGUGUAACUUUGUCAUUUUAAAAUUUUACCAUUCUGAUUUAGUAGGAAUAUAUCUGUGUGUAAAUUUUUAUGGAAUUUCAGUGUAUUACCAAUUCUAAUAAGUCACAGUUCUGAUUAAAAAAUCACAGCAGAAUCAAGCAGUGGAACUUUAUCACAUAUGGUACCUGUAUAAAGACUCAUAUUGUAAUGGAAAAAGAUAACUAAUUUCCAAUUUCUAUUAUCUAGUACAAUCUCUUCAUUGUAUAAGCUGAAAGGAAUUUUUUAAAAUCUGUUUUACAGUUUGGUUUGAUGUUGUUAAAUAAAUUAUGAGAGUGUUAGUGAGGCUGUUUUGCACAUUUAAACUCCAGCACAGAAUUGUUUCAUUAGGAAACCUAUAUGAACAAACAUAUUCAUGACAGAAAGAAAAUUUAGAAUGGUUUGUUCAUUAACCAGUCAGAAUAUUUGUCAUUUCCCUCACCUUCACAGUACAAGUUUAAAGUGAUGGGGGUGUAGGGUUUAUUCAAUGUAUGUGCUUUACAUUGUACUGAAAGGGCAUUAUUUAAAAUGUUUGAGUUAAAUUAAGUAGUCUCAAUGCAAUAAUUAAAUCACAAUGCAUACAUAUUAUGUUGUACAUAUGGGAAUCCACAAAAGGAUUGUUUGUGUUUAAUCACAUUGCAAGUAGUUGGUGUAUAUGUAUCGUGGUAUGAAUUUAGUGCGCCAGACUCUCCCAGUAGUGUUCAUGAAGAAAUUUGGCGUGUAAGAGGUUCUACCAAUGGUGUAUUAUACAAUUAAUAUAUUUUUUCUUUUAGGCUUCAUUGAUUGUUUUGUGUAUCAAAAUGAAGCCACAACAUUUCAGGUGAUAAAAAGCCUACUGUGUUGGGUCUUCUAGAGGACAUUGUGGCUUCAUUUUAAUGUUCAGAAUAAUGGGUUUAGUCCAGAAGAAACAUAAAAUUGAAAAAAAUUUGGUGAAAUUUAGACAGCAAAUGAAGGAAAUCUGAAUAUGUAAAACUACAGCUCUGAAUGUUUUGACUUUCUGGGUUGUAAUACUGUGUACCAACUUUUGAAAGAGUAUGUCACCUCCAUCUUCAGGGCAAAACCAGUUACAAGACUACAGAUCAUCACAUCCCUGGUGACCAUGAUAUAUAUUUUCACUGCCAUGAAAACCACAGAUGUCAAAAUUACAACUUAUUGGAUUGACCUGUUUGGAGUUCAAAGUGAUUCAGUAGUUUAUGAAACUUUGUGGGUAAAUUGAUUGAUUAUAAGUAAAAAGAGUUCUCUAUUAACAUGGGUCCAAUACAGAAAAGUUAAGGAACCAUGCUAAUUUAAAAGUGAACACUACCCAGAAACAAAAUUUUGAUGAAUUCCACAAUACAUUCAAUGUGAAACACAUAAAAUAUUGGGUAAUAAUGAAACAUGUUUAAAAACUGUUGUCAAAUUAUGACUUUUGUUCUUUUCUUUUUAAGAAAUUGAAACAAAAUAUUGUCCAUUCUUUUAAUUUUUCUCAUUAUUUACAUUCUUUUAUUUACAGUUAAAGGAAAGAUACGCCAAAUUUAUACUCAUGUAUGUAUUUGUGUAGUGCACAUGAAUUUUAUCAUUCACAUUUACUUUUAAAAGUGGCCUUCUCCUCACGUGUGCUUCACAAUGACAUGAAAUGGAGUAUCUGAUAUAAAUCUGAGUGUUUGUUUGACCUUAAUGUCUCCUGUAGCUACCUGGAUAUGAGUGACUUAACCACGGUUUUGAAUUUCACUGACACAAGCAAUGGAUCCCCAUAAGUAAUAAUCAGUUGAUGUCAGUCAGGAGAGACCAAGUGAUUGUACCUCCAUAACCAAUCCAUCUAUCCAUGUUCAUCAGUUAUGCAUUUGGUAAGAAAAUUAAGGGGUGCCUUUGUGUUGAAACAGUAUGGCCUUGUACAUUCAGGAACACAUUAAAUUGUAAAGUGUUCCUUCAGGGAGGUCAACAUACUGAACUCCAGUCUUGGUCUGGGUUACAUAUGGUUCUGUUAUGUGAUUUUGGCCCAAAUGAAAGAUGAAAAAUGUUGAGAGGCAUAAGAAUUCUUCAGAACCCAUUCAUGCAGUCGAUGAAAGCUGUUUAUCCAGGCCUCGUGAAUCAGUCCACAAUACACAGCUCACUUUGUGUGGAACCUUCCAACAGAACUGGAGGCAGAAACCAUUACCCUCUGACUGCAUCCCAUGUCUAUGAUGACAGGUGCCUGUCAUACUGCGCUCUGUGGGAGGAAUCUUUCAUAUGUCGUUGAUAGUUGUUAGUUGAUAGAUUGACAUCCACAAUGUCCAAUGUUUCUCUUCAUUCCACAAACUGAGUCUGCUGCAGGCAACAUGUUGGUGUCAUGAAUGUACUCAUUACCCUCAGACUGCAUUGUAUGGUUGCAAAAACGCGUGUUCAGUUUCUGCUGAUCUGGAAUCCAACAUUGGUAUCCCCUUUAUGAAGCUACAGCUGUAUGAUCUGAUCUGAAUUCUUCUCAGGUUACCGGCUAUAGUCAUUAUGAAGCUACAGCUGUCAUCAAAGCUGUACAGAUGAUGCAUACGGGUUUACAGUGCAUUGAUAAAUCUUGCAUCUCAUUUUUAUAUGAUCACUGCUUUGACAUUGGAAGUAAUAGAAUAGACGUGUAUACAAUAGUGACUCUGUGUGAUGAUGUGCAAAUAUGUGCUCUGUUUACCCAUGUUGGACCUGUGGCUUUCCCAGUUAUGUCAAUGUCAAACAACUCCUUCAGGUAUUGUUCUCAGGUUGAAUACUAGGCAUCUGUUUUGCUGUACAUAACUUUGCUGACUCAACAUGUGACCGCACAAUUUUCUCAGGCCAACAUCUUUGUUACUGUCGUUACUCUUGCACCUUACCUUCUUCAACUUCCUCAUUUGCACUUUAGUUUAUCAGCAUGCUUGUCUUAACAGGAUGUGCUGACUGACUUCAUGGCAUACCGGCCCAAAACCAAGCCUUGGCCCCCACCCAUGUGGGAAGUUUCUUUGUCUUUGAAGUAUGCAUUUAUGAGUAGUGAGUGACCAGCCUACUGCCUCUGCACAAUUUCUGCUCAAUCCUGAUUUGACUGCUAGAGCCAUCUAGAAGUGAAUCAGGAGAGACUUGGGUGAGGAAUGGCCACUGAAUUUUGCUUACCAAACAUCUCGUUCAUGCUGUAAAUCUACAACAUGGGACCACCGGCUUUACUUCCCCUCCGAAGGAAGUUGUUCUAUGGAUUUGUAUCACUCUUAAAAAUCCAUCAACCUCGGCUGGGUUAGAACCCGCAAACAUUGGGUCCAGUGGCAAGCAUGCUAACCACUGGUCCACCGAGGGAAAGUAACACCAUGUACCUAUGCUGUAAUUGUGUCUUCUUUACCUGCUUUUGUCACUAAUAUUAUUACACAUUUUAUCUUCAUUAUUUUCUUUUCCAUUUACUGUUACAUUUUUCUUAUUUUCUCUUCAAUAAGAAUAACUGAUGCUGUCAAUGUUCACAUCUCUGUCCCAGUGACUCCUUGUUGAACAGAAUGCAUAGCCAUCUUCAUAUUUUACUUCAUUAUCUUUAUUGUCGUCUUCUGAACCCAUUUCUUCUGGCAAGUAAAUUACUAGGUGGUUCACAAUAUCCAGUUUGCUUCAGUGUAUAAUAAGACUAGCAAAGACAUUCUUUGCCAUCAUAUUAUUUGCAGGCUACACCCCAAGGAUCUUGUCCAUCCUAUUGUUUCCUGUCUUGGCACAGUACAAAUAUUUGUGCUCUGAAAAUAUAUUCUCCAGAAACUCAGAUUUGAAGUCCUUCCAAGUUGGACCUAACCUCAAUCUCUUAGUUUGUUCAGAGAUUUUGGUACAGCUGCUGUACUUGUAUUGGUUUGUUGCAGCUUGUUAUCAUGCAGUCUGGGUGAUAUUUGGAAAUAUAUACUCUAUGCAAAACAGGAGUUGUAGUAUGUCAUCUUUUAAGUGAUACCAAGGGCAGGUUUUAAUAAACUGGCCCUCAACUCUCUCUCUCUACAUCUAUGACACCACAGAUUACAUACAGUUUGUUGCUACAGAGUUGUAGAGUAUACUUUUUCCACCAGAGGAUGGCUUUCUGCUGCAACAAUUGUUGGUACACAUGUGCAUUCAAACUUUACAUGUCUAGGAAGCAUGAAACAAUAUCUUGUUUGUCUGGUUUGCCUCAUUUCAGUAAUUAGAUCUAAGAUAUUUUUACUUACUCUAUAAAGUUGAAAGCUUCUCAUCUGUUUUUUCUAUCAGAUACCUACAGCAGAAGGUUCUGAAUUCACUCAUGUAUCAAAUGAGGCAGUCUUAAUUUCUUUGUCAUCUACCAUGAUGUUUAUGGCAUUAAUACAGUUGAUACACCUUCCAGUUUAUGUCAUGAAAUCACAUUAUAUUUUUCCUUCAACUUUUAGUCCUUUUUAUCUUAUAUAUCCUGUUUGUCACUGCAGCUUGGAGCUAUGACCACACUAGCUUUAUAGGCUUACCAUUAUUAUAUUCACUCCUUAUACAUACUAAAUGUUGUUACCAACACAGAAGUAAUUUACUACCGACACAGUUUGCUAAACUACACUAUACUCACCUCAUAUUUGUUCAUUCAUGCCUUAAUGUACGGAUUGAAAAACUUGCUUUGGAUCUUGGAGCCAGAUGAAAUUUUUCAUCCUUCAGUGUUUUGUGUCUUUACGACAUCAGGAUGAAUAAUUGCCAACUAAUGCUAUAAUUCUAGAAACAUGGGCAAGAAUUGUUCAUAAACUUUGCAGGAUGAGAUUCCGUCACUGUUGAGCCAUUCAUGUUAAUCAUCAAGUUGCUUAAGUUUUCUUCUGCAAUAGUGAUCUGAAGUUAUUUUUCACAACAUUCUAUGAUUGGAACCUGCUUUCAAGGCAUGCAGAUGAUAAGGCAGCACAGACACAACACUGGAUUACAAUUUUUUAGUUGUUUGUAUUUUUUAACUAUCAGCUGUUAAUUUAAAGUCUUCUAUGAUUGCUGUGUUACACAUGUAAUUUACAUUAAAAUUAUAUGGCGUAUUACUAAAGCAACUCUUCAAGCAGUGCAAAAUAGGCGAUUAAGAAGGACGUGUUCAUAAUAUAUGAGAGUCAGCUUUCAAAUAGGAAUAACAAACUGUAUGAAACAAGCGUAGAUCGAGAAAGUGGGGGAAGGAAAAUCAUUCACAGUUCAGUAGAUGUACUUCUCCUCUGCAUCAAGUGAAUUUAUUUAUUUGAUCACUGUAAUGAGGAUCCUCCUAAAGGUUGAGAAGUCUUAUGUACUCUUUUCUUUUUUUAGGUAUAUUCCUGUUUUAAACAUUAAUUGGGGAUGUUUUCUACGGAGAGAUGUAGGCUGACCUCAGAGACAGUUUUACUGGGCUCACACUAAUCAAGAAAUGCCUUUCUACAAAUGUUUACUUGUGUAUAAUUUAUAAAGCAAAAUAUCCGAAAGUGCCAGGAAUCUAUGGGUUUAAAAAAGUAUCAGAGACUAGUGGGCCUUGCAUAGUUUCUGCACACACUGUGUAACUACUCUCAUAGAAUACAUAUCAAUCAAUAACUGGUUUUUGAGAAAAACAGUGUUGUUUCUGCAUUUGUCAGUUGAUUUUCUUAGGUUUUUUGUGGUGAAGUUCAAUUUGGAAAUGCUAGGCCAGUAUUAUCUCUCUGACACUAGAAUUUUACAGAGUAUCAUCUGUUGGCCAGAAAAAGUAUAAAAACUGUGUUUCCACAAUUGAAAUAUUGCUCCUCAGGUACAUGACUGUGUGCUGAAUCAAGUUUUCCUUCUCAGACUAGACAGAAGAUCUUGCAGUACUAUUCACCUUGUAUAGUUGGACAUCUUGAUAAAUUUGUUUCAGUGAUGAAUCUAUCCUCAUGUUGUCCUGGACCAUGUUUAAAUGAUUCAAGAGGUGUCAUUGUAUUCUUCAUACGCAAUUCAGCCAUGCUGAAUAAUGUUCUUCCAUUUGAAACAAAAUGAAGAGUUUCUUAAUAGUUCCAAGGUAGUCCAUGAGAAGACGGAGCAUGUGAAGCAAUAUAUGUUUUCUCAGUAAACUCUUAGCAACUGCAGAAGCACUAUCUUUUUCUAUCGUGAUGCUUUCCAGGUGUACUGUGACACAUUUCCAAUCUUUCACAAGUCAGAGAGAGCACCAACUAUGCUGGCCACCCACCUAACAUUGUGUGAGUAUUGAAACUUCUGUACUUCUUUGGAGACUUACAGCUACUUGCUUCAGUUGUCACCUUCUCUUUGGAUAAUACUGAUAAAAAUUGUAGAGCUUCGUAAAAACUUGAGUCAAGAUCAUCUGUAUAUUUUCUGUUUUUUUACUGAACAUAACAUGCUCAAAUUUAAUCUCUGUGCAACACAGUAAGCACCAAGUACAUGACUCGUGCCUUAUUUUAUUCAUUAUUCCAUUGUCUGCUUCACUCGUGCUGGCUGCACCAUCAGUAGAUAUGCCAAUCAGGUGGCUGGAAGAUUGCUCUUUUAAUGGCAUCUGAGUAGCCAUCUGCAGUUUCACUGUCAAGAGAUAAGAUUGACAGAAACACUUCUGUCACACCAUUGUUCUAUAUAAAUAUAUAAGACAACUCUGGCACCAAAUCAGCAUUUAGGCUAUUCACUGUACCUCUUGCUUUGCACCACAAACAAACAAAAUAUUCACAAACCUUACAGCAUGAUACAUACAAUUUCAAAUGAUUGCUAAACAAAGAAUUCAGCAUUUUGAUUCACUUCUGGUGAUGAACAGUUGAAUGGUACAAUUGCUGCUGAGGUGGGCUUUUAAUAUAGUAAAAAUGUAUUAACUAGGAAUUAAUUAUAGUCGAAAGUACUGGGCACCCAGGAUUGCUUGAGCCCUGCAUUAAGGUUGAAGGGAAACUUGUCCGUGGUCUCAUUGGCAUACCCAGCGAAUAAUGUUGGGAGAGGACAUCAUAUUUUCCUGAAUUGCAAGAUUGUGGGGUGAUUGGUGUGUAACUGUUAAACAUCCUAACAUGGUGAUGAUAAUUGUCUUCUGAGUUGUAAUUCUGUGUGAACUUGUAGGUAGACACCAACAUUUUAGAGGAAUAUACUGUCUUCAUCGUCAGCAAAGUCCACAUGGCAUUACAACUGAGAAGACGAAUAUUGACAUUCUUACAGCUGCGAGAAUUUCAGUUUUCACAUCCUAACAUGAUCUUUGUAACUACAUUUGAUAACCACUCAUGGAUUGUAAAUUUUAUAUAGAUUAUUUUGUCAGUAAUCUUUGAUUUCUUAUUUAUCAUAUUAUCUCAGAAGGAUAAUAAUGAAUGGGGAUUUGGAAAAUAUAUUGAUAAAACAGUCAUGGGCUGUCCUUGCAGAAACUGAUAGAAACCACAAAAUAUUUUAGUUUAUUUAGGCAUUCAAACUGAAUAUUUUUUUAUGAAAGGCAGAAUUGGUGUCCAGUACAUUAAAAUUAUUAUUUCCAGAAGAAAAUAUUAAGCUUCUUCUGAUCCUGUUACUACUAUUACUGCUGUAGCUGCCACUAGUUCUACAGGUUAACUACACUGCAUUGGAAUUGUAUGUACUUUUCCUUAUGUCUUCAGGCAUGUCUUUAGCUGUGUUUGUGUUAAUCAAGACAUCCUACUCAGUAGCUGGGCUGCAUCAGAUGAAUUGUAUCUAUAGAAAGAAAAAUACAUUGUGGAAGGUACUGUAACACGUAAUUUCCUUCGACAAUUUCCUUGUACAAAGAGGGACUAAUAGGAAUUAUAAAUUAGUAGUUUUACAACUUAUAAUUUCUGAUUAUUAUUUCGGUUAGUACAGUUUGAAACUACGUGAAAGUUGUGGAUAUCCUUAUGAUCUGUCUCUGCAGGUGCCAUGUUGUUUUACAUUAUACAAAUUGUUAGUUGUUUAGCUCUGCCGAACACACAGAAUUUCAGAACACACUAUAAAGUGGUGCUGUUAUUUCAUUCACCUCAGCAGUUAGUAUAACUGCCAUAUUGGUAUUAUUUUUUACCUAGUACAUGGAGCAGAAGCAUUUUUGAGAAGUUAAUAGUUGCUCUUCUAGUCUGGAAACCCUCCUACAAAAGUCCACCACUGAUCCCUAUCCUGAAAUCCUGAUUUGAGAUACAUUUAAUACUGUCCUCCCUCCUAUACCCAUACAUUCCAAGUGGUCUCUUUGUUUUGAGUUUUCAGUCCUAAAUUUUGUAUGCUUUUUCAUCUCAUAUCAGUGCUACAUUCCCUGACCAUCUUUACUUUCUAUUAAUAUUUGAUGAAGAGCUCCUUAUUAAGAAAUUUUCUCUUGUCUCCUGUCACUUUUCUCGAUCUUACUAGUAAGGAAUUAAAAAGUACAAAGUACGAAGGUGGUCUAUAAUGGCAGGAUAAUCGUACUGUUUAGUGACUGCUUAAAAGUUAUUAGGGACAGGGAGUUAUGAUAUCAUAACCUUAUCAUUCUCUGUAAUAUAGGGAAAGCAGAGUAAACAUAAGAAUGGAAAGAUGUGUCAGUAGGUUUCUUCGUAUUCAGAUAGAUUUUGCAAGAUGUAGGAACAACGUACCUGCAAAUAACAUGAAAUAAUACUAAGUUGAGAAACUCGCAUCUAAAAUGUUUUUUAAUUAUGUGAAUAUUUAAAGAGAUAAACAGAAGUAAGCCCUCUAAGUAAUGUCACACUUCUAUUAGUCUGAUGUCAGCACUAUAUAAUUAAUUAUUUUUGGGGUGUCAGGAGACAAAAUUAAUGAUUUGAAGGCACCCUUAAACUUAUUACAGUGUGUUAUGAGGUUGAAUUUUACUAGAAAGGUCUCUGUUAUGAGUACAAAGUAUUUUGGUUAACUCUGUGUGUGAUUUUUUUCAAUAAAUUAGUGAACAGUGAUGAUACGAUGUUAAGUCAGUCAGACUAAUGGUGAACUGAAUGACCAGGACUCGAGUUACAGUACAAACAUCAAGAAUAUUUCUCUCCUCUGGAUGUUACCCAACCUUUCAUUUAGUGGGUUCCAGUCGCUUAUCUCCAUGUAGUGUCAUGUUUGAAAAUGUACGGCCUUACCUCCAAACCCCCAUGUACUGUCACAUCAGCCAUGCAAGCAAAUCAACACUAAUAAAGGCACUGGAAAGUAUAAAUGUAUGAAGAAUAAUUCAAUAUGCACUAUUUUUGGUAUGUAUAAAUUCAAAGUAACAUCAGAUAUUUUAUGACCUUGUGUUUCUUCACUUAAAUCCAUGUGUGUUUAUAUUUAUAUGUACAUACAUGUGCAUGCAUGCAUAUAUGUAUAAUGUAUCAGUUUCUGCAAUUACAGGAAGGCAAAGUAUAGAUUUAUGGCAAGGGAUUGUUUAUUCUUGGUCAUGUGUACAGAGUAACGAUGCAUUUUUCCCACUGCAGUACACUUUCAGUCCAGUUUGUGGAUGCCCAUUAUUUUAAAAUGAAACAAAGCCAAGUGAGAUAUAAAAUGUUCAACUUUGUUUCAUUGAAUCUAUUGAAAAUAUAUCUUGCAACGUUUUAUGGUGUGUUAUUAUCAUUAUCAUUAACAGAUGUUCAUGAGAACACACUGUUGGUUCUAAAGCAGUACUUGAUAAUCAGGAUAUAACUAUCAAAGAAUCAUUUGUACCUUUUAAAUGUCAGUUAGUAUUGUUUGUGGAUGCUGUGUAUUUGCUCAGCUCUUUUUAAUGGAUUUGGUUGCUGUUUAAUCAGAUCAUUUUUACUUCCUCUAAUUUAAUUGAUGGUGAUAUGUGUCUUCUGUAAUUGACCAUGGUCUGGUAACCAUCAGCAAUAAUCUUAUUCACACCAUUUGUAAUAUUUAAAUAAUUAUUUUAAUAUGCAUAUCAGUGGUGUAAUUGCAAAUGAGAUGAGUUCAUUUGGUCUUCAUAAUUUGUGUAAAUGUUUUGCUAUUAGUUUAUUGUUGUGCAUUAUGAAUCUUCGACUGUUCUUUACUGUAAAAGCAAUAUGAGAGUUUGCAAGGGUUUGAAGCAAGAUACGACAGUUUUAAAGCAAUAUAAUCAACAUUAAAACUAGCAAUUUGCUCUCUCCAUGGAAGUUUGACAAAUUUCAGCAAAACAUUUCAAGUUCCACAUUACUUUCAUUUAAAAUGUUACACAUUACUUCCAGGUAUGUUUGUCUCACUGUAAUUAGUGCUUGAUGUACAGAAACAGUGGAGAUUUGCUUGUGUAUAAUUUCAGAAUUGGCUAAGAUGAUCCACCCUGAAAUAAUUGUUACAGGUAUAGGAUGGUUUAAAAUCCAUUACAGAAGUUUUUGGCAAUAACUUGCCUCACUUCAAGUGCUGCCUAUUUCAUUUCUCACUAAUUUUAUGUUUUUUAAAGUUGAUUAUAUAUAUACUAUUUUAAAGCUUAUUUGCUUCAGAAGAAUUGCAAAAGACCAUGAGGCAUUCAUAAUAUGUGUGAGGGAAAACAAAGAACCAUGUAUUAGGAAACUGGUUCAGAGGCAGACCAUGGUAACAUAACAGAACAUUCAUAUGAAGAAACUUGGUUUUAUUUCUAUUCCACUGUAAGGAGCCACAUCCUCUUACAUAUUUUAUGACUUGGUAUUGUUAAUAGCACAAUAAUUGAUGUUACAAGGCUGGGAUAUUUACUUCUUUAAUUAUUCCAAAUAUAAGUAUUAAAACCAUUACAUUUGAAAUUUUAGAGACUCACUCAAGAUGCAUUACAGAGCAUCAGAUUUAUUUCUGAUGAGAAUGAGUGUCUUGUUGACCCGAUAGAGAUAACAUUUUCUGCUUGUAACUGACAGAUGUGUCUGUAGAUUUGAAUCUUCCUACAGAUACAGGAAUUUGUGUUCCUCAGUACAUUUCAUCAACAACAUUUUUCCAUUUCAGAAUUUGCUACGGACUGGCUUAUCCUGGAAGUGAUCUGGGGUAGUGUCAGUCAGAAGGUUCUGGGUUCAAUCCCCAGUCAGAUCUGUGCAUUAAUUUUUCCUAGAUUGAAACCGUAAUUUCUGCUAAAGGUGAAACUUUGGAAAUAUGAAGAAUACCAGGCCUCCUUUGUGGUUCAUUUAGGCCCCUUGUGGAGUGUCAUUCUCAAAAUCACCCUGGCAUUGCAAGUAACAGAAUUUGCCAAAUAUGUGAUCCUUCCUCAGAAAUGGAUUUUGUACCCUGCCUGUAAUUAUAGACCAUAGCUGGUGGCAUUAGGCACAUUCAGACCUGUAAGACUUCUCAGAAUUGACAGAUUUAUUUCUAAUUGCCAAGUCCUUUUAAGAGAAUCAACUAGAAUCUCAAAACUGAUAAACUGCAGUAAAAUAUUUCUUUACUUUUGUCAAGUUGACACAGAUUUCUUAGUAAUUUUAUAUUAUAAUACCUAUGUAUUAUUGUUCUAUAAAGAGUUCCUUGCUAACCAUUUGCUGCAGCUUCUUAUCUCAGAAAGUUUUAAGGGAUUCUAUUUUAUACAAGAAUGAUUAUAUUUUCUGUCUGUUCCUUUAAAAGAAAUCAAGUGUGCAUUGCAGGUUAUGUGCAAUCCAGCUGAGUGAGCAUCUCACUAGCAUAACACCUUACUUUUAACUCCAGAGAUGAAAUCUGGCUGGUAGCCCCAUAAUAUGGGGGUUUAAAUCCAUUAAUCCUGUUUGAUAAAGGUUAAGUGAAACUUUAAUUUCUACAGUAACAAAGAGCAUGACUGUAUGUCUGAACUUGAACCUGAGCCACUUUUGAGAAUUUUAAUAUAUUUUACAAUCACAGCAUUGCAAACCAAGACAUUAACAAAUUAUGCAAAAUUUGUAGAUGUGUUUAUAAGAUGAUUCAGGUGAGUUUUGUUAUACGUGAUGGUUGCGUUCCUGUGAAUCGCUGCAUAUAUUGAAAAUGUAUUUACUGGGAAACAUAACAUGCCUGUGGAUUUUCUGAUUGAUACACCAUGAGAGGCUUUAAUUUGUAGCCCCCUCCCCCCAUCAAAAUGGUGGGACAAGUCAGUAUAACUAUGCAUAAAACUUGGUGGGCUUGGAUGGUAGCUUCUGCCAUGGCUGGAAAUAGGAUAUUGAUGCGUUUUGUGAUACUGAUCUGUGGAUAUGUGAAUACAUGGAUAGCAAAAGCAUGUGUAAUGAGUUACCUGUACAAAUUUCAUGUAUAAGGUUACUUGGAGUCAUUACACCAGAAUAUGCAGAUUUACACAGUUAUUUCCAAAAGUUGUAGCAACUUAUCAGUGUUACAUAUUUUCCAGAUAUGUCACCAUACAAAACUUCAAGAUAGUUCAUUAAAUGUUGCUAGGGUUGCUUUUACCUCAUAUGAUGUUAGUAAUGUGUUUUAAGAGUUGGGGAGAUCUCCGUCAUGAUCUUUAUACUGAGUUUAAUAAAAAUCGAGCAGUUAAAGUAUAUAAUAUUGAUGCCUAUAAUUGAAUUAGAAGGAAGACACAUUCAUUCUCAGGUCUAUGUUAGGGUUCAGAAGAAGGCAUACAAUUUCUUUGGAACUCUAAAGAGAAAGGAAAGUGGAUUUUUUCUUGGUCCCACAUGAAAACUUCUUUCAACAGAGCUGCCUAAUUCCUCAAUCUUAAUCCUUCCUCAUUACAUGCAUACAGCUCACUGACAUUGUUAUGAAUGAAUUGAGAGUAGUUAUAAUAGCUGUUUGAAGGGUUUGGAGUAUAACUCAUGUCAUCAUUUUGCCGUGAAAGUUGAUGCUAACUUUCAGGCUCUAACUUAAUUGGUGUAUGUUAACUUUUGUCCGUGCUGUUAUUUCAACGAAAGUGGAGAAAUUUGUCAACCUGUCAUAGAAAGUGAGUUUUACAGGUUGUUCAAACUUCGUAUAUUUUUUGUUGCUUUACACAACAUUAAACAGUGAAAGUUACUUCACAGUGAAAUGAUGGGGUAUGAUUAGCAUAACAUUGAACAUUUUUACAAUUAAUAAUGAGCUUAGUAAUACUGUAUAAGGAUCAUGGCUGUACAUCUGUUUCCUUUCUUACUACUACUAGAAACUCCUGGCAGUUGAACCUAAUCUCAAGGCAUGGCAUUCAUGCAUUUCUUAUGUGAGGAGGCUGAAUUGUUACAGAGUGUUCCAGGGUCCUGCCACCAGUCCAUUUUUCCAUCAUUGAUACCAGUGUUAGCAAUGCAAAAAAACAUCUGCAACUAGUACAUAUCAUCACGAAACAUAGACAUGGAAGUUUUAGGACAUGCAUUCAUGUUUUCCUUGGAAAUUCUAAAAAAACUUUAAAAAAUUAAUUCUGGUAUGUGUUUAUUAUAAUAUAGUUUCGAACUGUAAUACAUCCUGUGUGUGUUGCCUAAAAUUUGAAUGAAAUUAUAUGAAUAAACAAUUGAUACAUAAUAAAUAAAUCUAUUUGGAUAAGACUUUCUUAAACAACCUUGUAGCAUUAUUUCUUUUUUAGAUCGUUGAAAGUUUAUAUUACAAAAAUAACUACAAUGUGCAUUUUAUGUGAAGAGAUUUUAUGAACUGUUUGCAAUUCAAGAUUCGUUAAAUGUUAAAAAUGUGUAUUUAAGCGUUAAGCAUUUGCUCCUAAGGUUAAUAUCAGUUUAAGAUGAUUAAAUAAAUGAUGUUGAGAAAUCUAUGAUAUAAUCAUUGUUAUAAAUGUGCCAUAUAACAAGUAUUCAUUUUUAUAUAUAAAUGUAAUGAUUAUUAAUGUCUGUAGUUUAAUUCAGAUUCAGUUCUGACAAAUGUUAAUUACUAGUAGUUAAAUGUUUUUGUUAGAUGUUAAUGUGUAUUAAACAGAAUAAACUGUAUGGGAAUAUAUUCCAAGUUAACGAAUGAUAUAAAAGACUGUGUUUAAGUAUAAGUGAAAUGCAAAUGUCACAUGGUGUCCAUAAUUACUGAUAUUAUGUUAUACAGUGAUUAAAAAGUUGUGAGAUGGCAGGUUAUUCAAAUAUUAUGGAGAUACAUGUUUUGUUCCUGGAGGUUUAUGAAUGCCCAUAAAAUAAAUAUCAAGCUUUUAUAAUAUUCUUUCACCAUUCAAAGCCCAAAGAUUACAGACAUUCUUGUUAUAAUUAUUAUUGUAUUAAUAUAUGUACAUAGAAUUAUGAAUGUGCAGUAACUAUAGCUAUUAUAGGUUUGUAUACAUUCAGCUCAUUUUAAUUUUAUGAAAUUUGCAUCCUGAGUGUAAAAAUAUCCCAAAAAUGGAUUAAGGUUGAAGAAUAAUGUGGGCAUACUUUUAGAAUAUGUAGCAGGUUGGCAGUUUAACUUUGUAUCAGUCUUGAUUUGGGAAACUUUCCCUCUAACAAAUAUCCCCCCCCCCCUUUUUGUAAUACAGAGUGUUUUGCAACAGGAUGUCCAUAGCUUAUCUACGUUCUCUUGGGAUAAUUUUCAGUCAAAAAGUUCAAAUAAACAUGGGUCCGAUCUGCAACGGUUUGUCAAGAAAAGGCUUCACACUCAGUAUGCAUUGGCUAUGUUUGAGAAAUUAGUUCACUAAGCGGCACACAUAGGCAAGACACGGCAAUCAGUGCUUGACAUCUCAGUACUACUUGAGUUUCCUACAGGAAGAGCUGCCAUUGAUGUUAUAAGAUGUUCCUAUGCUAACCAGGCAAGCGAUGUGGUUGCAGCAAGAUGGCCCACGUCCUCAUUUUGGUAGGCAGGUGACUGCAUUUCUAAAUCAACAGUUUCCAGACCACUGGAUUGACUGAAGUCGUCCAUUUGCUUGGCCAACAAGAUCACCAGAUCUUUCGCCUUUGGACUACUUUCUCUAGUGCCACAUGAAACCCCUGGUGUAUGCCAUGAAGUCAAACAGUAGGGCUGAGCUGCUGAAUCAAAUAAUGGACUCCCGUGCUAAAAUCAAAAAUGAUCAUUACUCUGAAGAGGGCUGUUACUUCAGUUACACGAAGGGCUCAACGGUGCAUCAACAAUCAGGGUGGCCAUUUCGAGUCACGUAAACAACGUGAGUAAUUGAAAAUGCAAUUUAUAGUGUAGUCUAAACUUAAUAACAACACCAUCAACAAUGUAACCUAAAUUAAUUGGAAAUAAUGUAAAAGUUACAAGUGCAAUAAAAUGAUCAUUCUCAUUUUCUUGACAAAACUGUUGAAGUUCGGACCCAUCUUUAUUUAAACUUUUCGACCCAAAAUGAUCCCAAGAUCACAUAGUUAAGCUAUGGACACCCUGUUGCAGGACACUUUGUAUAUUCAAAUACUGACAAUAUCAACAAAUUGGUGUAGGAAUUGUCAGUAAUUGGAGUGGAAUACAUUAUUUUAAGGAAAUUUAUAUUAUUGUUUUGGAUUAUUAGAAUUCAGAAUUAUAAACUGGAUAGUGCUUAAUGUGAGGAUUUAUUAAAAACUGUAAAUAAGAAUUGUAAAUUUUAACUCGAAGUUUGGAAAUUGAACCGGCACACUUCCUGUGAAAGCUUUUGAGUUGAACUACAGCACAAUUUCCAUUCUGGUUUGUCCUGUGCUAGGAGCUUUAAGUUCAUGCAGAACAUGUAAAGUUGAGUUUUCUGUGGUUAAGAGUGAACUUUCUUAGAAGAGUUAUUUUCUAAAGCAACAGACAAGGUUUUUACUGUCACAUAAUUAAACAGGUUGAUGUAUUUCACAACUAAAAACACAAUGCAGAAUUGUGGUUUGAUGUGAGCAUAACAUCUCUGAGCACAGUGGUCUGAUAGGCUGCCUCUUCUAUCCCCUUGUGAUAGGUCAUGAUAAUACCAAGAUGCAAGUGUUUGACUGUCAUCAGAUACAAAAUGGAUGAUGGACAACACAUUGCAUGAGGUAAUGAUGCGUGUAACAUCAUUUACAGGGAAGGAAGUAUUUCAUGCGGAUGUUUUAUCAAAUCUUGAAUGUACUCAAUAAUGGUAACUUUUCAAUUUGUUUACAUUGUGAAAGUAUGCUCACAUGCUAGGGGAAGAGUAAUGUUUCUGUAGGGAUUUUUUUUCUGCACCUUUAAAUGCAAUUUGAUAUUAAACCAUUCAGAAAAUUGUGUGGAAGUUGCUAAAAGUGUUUUGGUUUAAUUAGUUCAUGUGCUUUUAGAAUGAAGUAAUGAUUUUCAGAAUUAUUCAAAUUAAUGUACUAUAGAAUUAGUCUUUUUGAAAUAUUUGUUAAUAAAAGAGUCAAUGUGUAAUUAUGUAUGUCAUGAGCAUAUGAGUUUGUGUAAGAAAUUUUUAAUUUCUUGAGAAGUUCAUGCUUUAAUUUUAUAUCAGGUCUUCAUUAAGUCAUCACAUGGGUAGUAUUUUCAAGUUGAGAGUGUAGCAAGACAUGUCAACAUUUACAUGCACUCAAAGUGUAAAUGUUUCUGAUAAUGGUAUGACACAAGUGUUUUAAAACUAUGACAUUUCAGAAACUGAUUCUAUUUCCAUCUUCAGGUGACCAGUGAUAGGACAAACCCCUCUUUUAUUGGGUCAAUUCUGUUAUAUCUAAGUCCACCCCAUAUAAAAGUGGGUUUUAGUGAUAGGAAAUUAUAAGAAAUUAUUGUUUCAGUAUAUUCUCCCAGUAUAAUGUCAUACUUGUCAAGGCUGUUUUGUGUGUUUCAGAAAUCAUAAUGAAACUCAGUUACAAGUAAAACUAUAAUGGCACUGUUUCAUAAUUUAAAAUAAUUAUCUUUCAGUAAGUUUCAUAUACAAAGUUUUAGCAUGAGUGGUUUUAGGGGUAUUAUGAAGUACAAAUUUGAGAUGUCAUAACAGACUGAAGUCGUGUGAGUCCCAAAAAGGCCUAUGGCCAUCCAAAUUCCAUAUUGAAAUUUUCUUUAGGGUCAUAAUACAGUACUUCACUGUUUUUUAGAAUUUGUUUCUAUGUGUUAAGAAACACAUACAAGAUUACUUAAUUUGUAUUGUAAUUAUAUGAAUAUCACUAUUUAAAAUUUAACGUAGGCAUAUGACUGAAUGUGUGCAGAUACUUAUCUUCUUCAGUAGGUCAACCCUGAUCGGGAGGAAUUGCAUUGAGUGACAUUAAUAGGGAUUAAGAUUUAGAGCCAUAAAACAAAUUGGCCAUUGAUUAAUUUAUUGUGGAGUAAUAAGAUUGUUUUAUUUGGUGUUAUUGUGCCCAAAUACAAUUUGGUAUGGCUAGCUGGUACCAAAUAAAAUUUUCUGCAAUCUGUAGUUCUUUGAACAUUAAAAAUAAUAUACACACAAGAAAAAUUACAAAAAAUUAAAUAGAUCCAUUUAAAUUAAAUAUAUUUAUAAACCACUGUUGUAUGGAAUCUAGCUCCUACUUUGCAGUAAUUAUAAGCAAAAGAUACCUUCAUGCCCCAUUUCUCCUGAUAAUAAGUCAGAAAUUUUGUUGCGUAUGGAGCAAUAAUGAAGCAUGCAGAUAAUAAUAAGGAACAGAGCAAAGAAAAUUUGAUGAGAUGUAAUUUUUCUCAUUACAUCAUUCCAGAUGUUUUCAUGUCAGUUUUUCAUUAAGAAAACUGUGCUUUAUAUAAUUUUCUUUCAUAAUCCAUGGUAAACAUGCAAAAAAAAAUUAUUAACAUUGUUUUUUCAUUUUUCCUUAAAAUUAUUUCAAUAGUGAUUCAUUAUUGAAUACUUCCUACAAUUUUGUAUAGGACAGACUGAUUUUAUUCAGUGCAAUGCCUCUCACCUGUUAAUUAUUUAGCUCUAAGGCAAUAGGUAUGUUUCCAGCAGAAAAAUAAUUUCAGCAUAUUGAGAUUUUAUCACUUCAAAUAGUUCUAGUCACCAGUCCACAUGGUGACAAAACCAAGAAGAACAUAAUCAAUUUUACAUGCUGAUUUCAAAGAGUUCAGUUCUCACUUCAUGGCAGGUGAAUUGAUAUAUAAUAUGGAUGUGGACAACUUGGUGAACUUGAAAAAUACUACCAAGUGAGACUAAUGAAUUAUCAAUGUACCUCACCUUAUAAAAUGUCAUGAAAUUUUUGUAGUAAUGAUUAUUAUGGUGUGGCUACUUAGUUUAAACAUUAACAUUUACAUAUGUGAUAUAGAAAUUAAAAAUUGUUUAUAUUGAAGCAUAUAGUUAAGUCAGCACUACAAUUUCAAAACUAGGUAUCAUAUUCUACUUUUGAAGUCAGUCUAAUAUUCCUCACAAACAGGCGAUACAAAACAAUAUCAUGGCAUUAUUGUGACAACUGAUGUCAUCUGAUUUGUUUGAUGUAAUGUGUUAAAGUAUGUGGGUUUCUAACAGUGGCACAUUACAUUUGGUGGCUACCAGAAGCAACAAUCUGACUCCAGAAGUUCUUAUUCAGGUGUGUUAUGUAAAUUCUGAUCACAUUAUAUAAAAACGUAUAAAUUCAAAUUAUCUGUUUCAGAUAAAACUUAUAUUUGCAACAUUCAUACACGUGUUUCAGGGAUUAAUUCAAGAAUACAUGGCAAGUACCUGAGUCA